GACAAUGAUUGUUUUAAAUUGUUCGUAAGAAAUUUGGAUUUUGGUUCGCUAUGUAGCAAGCCCCAAGCUGACAGGGUUUCUAACAUAGCUUGGGCAAAAGAUGGACAGGCAUUACUCUAUGUAGUUACAGAUGACAAUAAGAGGCCUUUUAGGUUAUAUUGUAGCAUGCUUGGAUCUAAUGGAGAAGAUGUGUUGCUUUUAGAGGAACCUCGAGAGAAUAUUUAUCUGAGUAUAAGACAUACUAAAGAUUUUAGGUUUUUGACUCUGAAUACAUUUUCAACCACAUCAUCCAAGGUCUUUCUAAUAAAUUCAGCUGAUCCUUUGUCUGGGAUGACACUGAUUUGGGAGUGUGAGGCACAAGCCCACUGCAUUAUUGAGCAUCAUCAAGGGUAUCUUUACCUUUUCACAGAUGCUGCAAAGCAGGGUCAGCCUGUUGACCACCAUUAUCUCCUACGUAGUCCUUCUGCAUGUUCACACAGUCCAAGGAAGUGGGAGAGUGUUUUUGUUGAUGACCAAGAGUUAAUUAUUGAAGAUGUUGAUUUUUGUGACUCGUAUUUGGUACUCAUUGUAAGGGAAGGUAGAAAAUACAGGCUUUGUUCGGUUUCUUUACCUUUAUCCACUGCCAAGGCAUCACUUCAUCUCAAAGAGCUCAAUCCUCAGUUUUUGCCCAUUCCAGAUCAUGUUUCUCAAAUAUUGCCUGGGCCAAACUACGACUACUAUUCUUCAAUCAUGCGCUUUAUGAUAACAUCACCUUUGAUGCCAGAUGCAAUAGUUGAUUAUUAUAUAUCAAAUGGCAAAUGGAAUAUUAUUCAGCAACAGAAUCUGCUCCACGAAAGAACAAGAGUUCUAUAUGGUUCAGCAUCUUCUGUUAAUGUCUUCAAAGACUUCUCUAGCUGCAAUGCUGGAGAAGAUCACUCGUGGAAUGAUCUCUCCGAGUAUUAUGCUUGUGAAUAUUAUGAUGUCUCUUCACAUGAUGGGGUUUUGGUUCCUUUGACCAUAAUAUAUUCUCAUCAUAGGAAGAAAAGCUCCAAGAGUCCUGGAUUACUUCAUGGACAUGGAGCUUAUGGUGAGAUACUUGACAAACGUUGGCGCAGCGAACUGAAAAGCCUUCUUGAUCGUGGUUGGGUCAUUGCAUUUGCUGACGUUAGAGGUGGAGGUGGUGGGGGUAGAAAAUGGCAUCACGAUGGCAGACGGACGAAGAAACUGAAUUCUGUUAGAGAUUAUGUAUCGUGUGCUAAAUUUCUGGUUGAGGAGGAAAUUGUGCAAGAAGGAAAACUGGCUGGAUGGGGAUAUAGUGCUGGAGGAUUGUUAGUUGCUUCUGCCAUUAACUCUUGUCCAGAUCUGUUUCGUGCUGCUGUUUUGCAGGUCCCCUUUUUGGAUCCAAGUAGUACACUAGUGAAUCCUAUUUUACCGCUAACACCUGCCGACUAUGAAGAGUUUGGGUACCCUGGGGAUGCACAAGAUUUUCAGGCUAUACGUCAAUACUCCCCCUAUGAUAAUAUUCAGAAAGACACACUGUAUCCCGCUGUUCUGAUAACAUCAUCUUUUAAUACAAGGUUCGGAGUCUGGGAAGCAGCAAAAUGGGUUGCAAGAGUACGGGAAUAUUCUAUAUAUGAUCCUAGACGUCCGGUUCUGCUUAAUUUGACAACAGAUAUAGUCGAGGAGAGCAGAUACUUGCAGUGCAAGGAGUCAGCAAUGGAGAUGGCUUUUCUCAUUAAGAUGAUGGAUUCAUAGUUACAAAUACAACACAUUAUAUGCUAUUCCAGUUUCACCAUGAGUAUGCAAGUUGGUGGGAUGUUUCAUUGAUGUGGAAUAUUUGGAUCCCUCGUACUGGGGAUCUGAUGGGAAGAACUUUUGUUCGUUUUAAUGAAUUAUGAAUAGAG